GAGGACGAGGAGGAGAAGAAGAGGACGAGGAGGACGGCGAAGACGAGGUAGCCCCCUUCGAGGAGGAGGCGCUGCGUGCGGCGCGCGGGUGACACCCCGCCCGAAGCUUCUCGGGGAGCGGGAAUGCACCCACCGUCUAGAUACAGCCGAAGCGCGGGUGCCGCCGGGAGACGCUAACUUUGGCAAUCCCGUGAGGAGUUUGGACGAGGCUGCGCAUCCUCCACCUCGUUCGCAUCAUCCCUCCUCCCUCAUCAGAAGAGAACGCUGCUGCAUUACGACGGCGUUGAAGGAUGAGGUGAGCAAGGUUAGAACAAACAUACUCUGGCAGCCAGCCCCUGAGACGGCACUGCAGGCCCUCGAAGGGCGACGGCCCAGGAAGGGGAAGAGCAUGGAGGCGGGCACGCAGCUGUCUCUGGAACGCGGCAAGCUGCAACUCUAA